GCCACCGCUUUCUUCUUCGGCUGGAAGAUGUAGACCUGAAGCUGGCCCACCUUAGGGAGUACGUUGCCCGAAUGUGACUCCAGGUCAACAUCAUCAGCCACAGCCUCUGCUGUGCCUGCGCGGCUGCGUCGAAGGAUCUCCCACAGAAAGCCCAAGGACCAGGUUACAGAAGAAAUCAAAAGAUUAUAAAUUAUUUUCAUGGAUACAGGCAAGGAGACAAUGGUACUUCAACCUGUGCUUCAAUCUGUGCAAGCUCCUUGAAGAGAAAAUCUGCAGUGGAGGCAUCAUGAAAUAACAGCCGAGAAUCAAAUAUCACAAGUGAUCUUCUGUAUCUUAACCUCCUAAGAAGUGGAAAUGGAAAACUGACUACAGGAGACUCGUCUUAUACAGAAGAACAUACUUCAGCUCAAACAACAGGCAGGAUUAUUCAAACCCAUUGGAACAGAAGUCAAUGCAUUGACCUCUACAGCUUGCUACAAAUGGCAGGUCUUUCAUGGUGAUAUUUCAGUAACACAUAUUCAGAUGACUUUGGGAUACUUUUCACAUCAAUGAUGAAAGGAUUAUCUGGAAGUCGCAGUCACCAUCAUGGGGUUGCCUGUGAACCAGGAUGUGACUCUCUGGUACAUCACUCAGACAGGAAGCCAUAUUUGUUAAAUCCUGUGGAACACCAUCCUGCAGAUCACUCUUACUACACUCAGAGGAACUCUUUUCAGGGAGAAUGCAUGGUUCCCUAUAAUGAUCAGAUUGCCAGCAGCACAUUCCCUCGGAGGCAUUACAAUUCCCAUAAUGAGCUUAAAGAUGAGUGUGCUUUGGUGCCACAUGGAACAGCUGGUAAAAGUAAUCGCAUCCCUGCCAAUCUUUUGGACCAGUUUGAAAGGCAGCUUCCUCUUAACCGAGAUGGCUACCAUACUUUACAGUACAAAAGGACUGCUGUAGAACACCGUAGUGAUAGUCCAGGGAGAAUCCGCCACUUGGUUCACUCCGUUCAAAAACUUUUCACAAAGUCUCAUUCUCUUGAAGGCCCAUCAAAGGGCAGUAUCAAUGGAGGCAAAGCCAGCCCAGAGGAGACACAGUCUAUGAGGUAUGGCAAGCGUAGCAAGAGCAAGGACAGGAGAUCAGAAGGAAAAUCCAGGUCAAAUGCAUCAGGAUGGUGGAGUUCUGAUGACAACUUGGACAACGAUGUUUGCGUUUACCAUGGACCAAGUGGGGUGAUGACUAUGGGACGAUGCCCUGACCGCUCCACCUCUCAGUACUUUAUGGAAGCCUAUAACACUCUUAGUGAACAUACUGUGAAGCCUUCCAGGAGCAAUAAUGAUGUCAAAUGUUCCACCUGUUCAAACCUGCCAGUAAAUUUGGAUGCUCAGUUAAUGAAAAAAAGUUCUUGGUCCUCUACACUGACAGUGAGCAGAGCUCGUGAGGUUUACCAGAAAGCUUCCAUGAACAUGGACCAGACAGUGGUGAAAGCAGAAACCUGUCAACAAGAACGGUCUUGCCAGUAUCUUCAGGUUCCUCAAGACGAAUGGUCCGGGUACACUCCACGUGGCAAAGAUGAUGAAAUCCCAUGCCGACGAAUGCGUAGUGGUAGUUACAUUAAAGCCAUGGGAGAUGAAGACAGUGGAGACUCUGACACCAGCCCAAAGCCAUCUCCAAAGAUUGCUGCACGAAGAGAGAGCUAUCUCAAGGCCACCCAGCCAUCACUUACAGAACUUACCACCCUCAAAAUAUCUAGUGAACAUUCCCCAAAGCUUCAGAUCCGGAGCCACAGUUACUUGAGGGCAGUAAGUGAAGUUUCAAUCAAUCGGAGCUUGGAUAGCCUGGACCCUGCAGGCCUACUGACGUCUCCAAAAUUUCGUUCCCGGAAUGAGAGCUACAUGAGAGCCAUGAGCACUAUUAGUCAGGUGAGCGAGAUGGAAGUGAACGGUCAGUUUGAAUCAGUCUGCGAAUCAGUAUUCAGUGAACUGGAGUCUCAAGCAGUGGAGGCUCUGGAUUUACCAAUGCCGGGCUGCUUCCGCAUGAGAAGCCACAGCUACGUGAGAGCAAUUGAAAAGGGCUGUUCCCAAGAUGAUGAAUGCUUGUCACUGAGGUCCUCAUCUCCACCACGCACAACCACUACUGUGAGAACCAUCCAAAGCAGCACUGUUUCCUCUUGCAUUACCACAUAUAAGAAGACACCACCUCCCGUCCCACCGAGAACUACUACGAAACCUUUUAUCUCCAUCACGGCACAGAGUAGCACAGAAUCUGCUCAAGAUGCCUACAUGGAUGGACAUGGACAAAGGGGAGAUAUCAUCAGCCAGUCAGGACUUAGCAACUCCACAGAAAGCUUGGACAGCAUGAAGGCGCUGACAGCUGCUAUUGAGGCAGCUAACGCCCAGAUCCAUGGCCCCGCCAGCCAACAUAUGGGCAACAACACCACUACAGUCACAACCACUACCACCAUCGCCACCGUCACUGCAGAUGACAGAAAGAGAGAUCAUUUCAAGAAAAAUCGAUGCCUGUCCAUUGGAAUACAGGUGGAUGGAGAGGAAUCCUCUAGCUCAAGUGAAACCAGACCAACCAGUAAGUUCCAAUCCAUAGGUGUUCAAGUAGAGGAGGAGAAGUGUUUCCGCAGGUUUACACGGUCGAACAGUGUUACAACAGCAGUUCAAGCAGACAUGGAUUUCCAUGAGAACUUUGAAAUGUCCAUGGACCCUCAAGAAGACCAUUCAUAUCCUGGGCAAAUGUCAAGACAAUAUUCGCGAGAUGCCAGCACUUCCACUGUAAGCAUACAAGGCUCAGGAAACCAUUACCAUGCAUGUGCAGUGGAUGAUGACUUUGAUACAGAUUUUGAUCCUUCAAUUUUACCUCCACCGGAUCCUUGGAUUGAUUCAAUAACUGAAGAUCCUGUUGAGGCUGUUCAAAGAUCAGUGUGUCAAAGAGAUGGACACUGGUUCUUGAAGCUUCUUCAAGCCGAGAGAGAACGCAUGGAAGGUUGGUGCCAACAAAUGGAGAGAGAAGAACGAGAAAAUCACCUACCUGAAGAGAUUAUAGGUAAAAUUCGAACGGCAGUUGGAAGUGCCCAGCUUCUCAUGGCUCAGAAAUUUUACCAGUUCAGAGAACUGUGUGAAGAAAAUCUGAAUCCCAAUGCACACCCAAGGCCAGCCUCGCAGGACUUAGCAGGGUUUUGGGAUAUGCUGCAGUUAUCCAUUGAAAAUAUUAGUAUGAAAUUUGAUGAACUUCAUCAGUUAAAGGCCAAUAAUUGGAAACAGAUGGAUCCACAUGACAAGAAGGAGAGAAGGGCCCCUCCUCCAGUGCCAAAGAAGCCAUCGAAAGGUCAGGUGCCACUCAUACGGGAACGCUCCUUGGAGAGCUCACAGCGUCAGGAGGCACGGAAACGGCUGAUGGCUGCCAAACGAGCUGCGUCUGUCCGUCAGAACUCAGCCACUGAAAGCGCCGAAAGCAUUGAGAUUUACAUCCCCGAAGCCCAGACCAGGCUAUGAAGGGAUCCAGCCAGGAGGACUCUCAAUGGCAAGAAGAAACAUCUCUUGUAUAAUCAUCUGCCCUUCUAGGUUCACGCUCAGAAACACCAAUAAGUAUUUGCAUUCACCCCCUCCCUUUAUCUCUUUCUUCUCUCCCAAUGAAGUAACACUUCUGUGGCGUAGUUGUCAACCCUCCAGGAGAUUCUCCACUUGUAACGCCCCUUGCUUUCUAAAGGUUUGCUCAUGUCAACCUAAUGCUUUGUCACAUGUACUGAUGCUGACUCAAGUUUAAAAAAAAAGAAAAUCCCACAGACACACACAUGCUCACUCUCUCUUUCUCUCACAUAUACACAACAUGCGUACUCUCACACACAUACACAUGCGCACACAUACACACAUGUGUACAGUAGAUGCACCAAUUAAUUCAUUCAUGGUCCUUAAAGCUAGUCUGUUAUCUAGUGUACAGCAAUAUUCAAUUAUACGGUAUUUUGGUAAUCCAGUAUUGCAGGGUGAACCUUUAAGAUUCUGUUGUCUUCCUCAUUAAUGGUGAAAGGAGCUGUGGCUCAGAAUCCCGUCUUUAUAUGACUAUCGUUUUUUUAUAAAAAAAAAAAAGUAUGGCACACAUGUGUUUUGAUCUUCAGAAAUCAUAUCUUCUUUCCAGACAAUUUGGAAGGCACGGGGAGAUAGGCAUGCUGCAGUGAAAAUUGAAGUGAGUCUUGCAGAUGAAAAUGUAAACGAUCCUAUGAAGGGAGACCUGCAGCUUCAACAACUGCCUCUUUUUUAUUUUCUCACUCACUUUAGAAUCUUUUUUGAUCAGCAGAAGAUUGUAAAAUCGAUCUUCCAAGGAAAUAAUCUAUUUUUUAAAAGGCAAUAAAAGGGAAAAUUGGAUAAGAUGGAAAACUGGCUGAAAGGUAGAUUAAAGAAAUAUUUUUGUCCAACUAGCUUGUAAGGAUUUUUAACAUUGUAUUAUAUUAUCAAUUCCUAUCGUAAUGUAGGGAUUAACAUCAGUUUUACAAAAGGGGAGGGAGUUUGUGUUUUUUUAAAAAAAAUCUGUGUUCCUUUUCGGUGUCCUAGUUUUGGCAAAACUUUCAGAUUUUGCACAUCUUUUGAGAUAUUUGUUGCUGAUAUACUGUAAAUGAAAUACAUGUUUGUAUGCAAAAGGUUAGACUGGUUACAUCAAAUGCUUCACAUCUCCUCCUCCAGUCUCUUUAGAUCUGCUCUGGAGAAUCAAGAGGUUGCUGCUGCACAUUGAUUUCUUUAUUGAACUGCUUUGACAAACUGAGGUUCAUACAUAAUUAUUGAUUCUUUGAAAUGAAGGACAAUAAAUAAUUCUUUGGAAAUGGUACUGGUGGGAAAGUUAUCAGAACAUGCCGUGUUGAUACUAACAUUCAUGCCAGCAGACAACAUGGGGACCUGCGAAGUGCCACAUAAUUUUAUGGGUGGCAUGCAGUAUCUCAUUAGCAUGCAUGACAAACAGAUGUGAUAUGCAACCUGACAUUACAGAAUUGGCAGUUAUGUCCUUGUGGAGCUGGUGAGUUCAGCUGGUCUGUCUUCUAAUCCCAAAAGCAAUUGUUAGGCUUUCUGUUGACAGAAGUUAGUAGAUUAUGGUUUGGGGUUGCAUCUAAUCCUUUUGCAUUAGUGCUCUCCCAGGUGCCACACUAAGAGUUCUGGCCCAUUUAUUCUGUGGAUCAUCACUUUUCCCACAUGGGCACCCAUGUUGAGCAUGGCAGGAAGUGGCCUUCAUUUGUCACAAGGAAGCCCUCUACUCUGUAAACAAGAGAGGUUAUGGCAGCAAAUCUGCCCUCUGUGAUUUACCGGAGUUGGUUUUCAGUGCCCUUACUGUUAAAACAUUCAAAACAUUCCAACUGUGGAACACUUAACUGCAUGGUUGGCAUAACUAUGUAGCAUACACCUCAAAAUAUCAAAAGUUACCAUCAAAAAGCUGGCCUUUGAACAAAAUAUAUCAACAUUUCCAGAUCAUGCCAAAAUGCAUCACGUAAUUCAGCAUCAUAGUUAGGUGCUACCUUUAAUUUUGUUCCAGAAUUUGGGAGAGGUAACAGGUUCUGGCAAGGAAAACAUUGAAAAAAAUGUAAAAAAAACACUAGAAAAAAUUCUACCUCUCAAAGCCAUUGAUAUAUCCAAGCUAUAUGUUAAUAAAUAGGGCACAAAAUAUUACUGCUGUGUUUUACAAGUAAAGGGCUAAUAAUUUAAUAUUUUAAAGUCUUUUAAACAAUAAAAUGAAAAAUCCAGAGUAACCCAACACAUGAAGCAAUCAUGGAAAGUCUGACUUGUAAGGAUUUCAGCUGCCUCUUAUUUGCUAGGGUUUAUUAUAUUAUAUUUUAAGAGUAUUUUUCUCCACAAAUUGUAAUAAACAAAAGGCUUUGCAGCUACAUAGGCUUUCAUGUCACCUUUAAAUAUAGGGUAAUGAUAUACAUUUUAAACAUUUAAGAACUUUUUGUAGGAUGAGGUUUUAAAAACAGUAGCCAAACAAAAGGUAAUAUUCACACCUAUAAUUCCGUUUAAGGUCAAUGACACAAGUGACUUUAAACUGUGCUGAGGAGAUGCCAUAAAUUUGGUGCGUUCAUGUGGCACAAGCCUACAAAAAAAAUUACUUGCUAGUAAGAGUCUAUUAUUUUCUUGGGUUCACAUCCAGAUAAAUAUUUUAAGGACUGAGCCCCAAGUUCUGCAUCUGAAUUGUAUUUCUACAACCUGUGUUUGGUAUGACAUAUAAGAGAAUUUGUUAGCAUGAUGCCUGAUCAGAAAAUUUUAACUUUUACUUAGCUUUUCAGCUAAACCCAGCUGGUAUCCGGAUUCUGAAUGCUUGCAUACAAUGUGAUGUUACUGUUUGCUUUGAUAUACCACAGUAUUACAGUGGAUGGUAGUACCUCCCUUGACUAUUUAUUUAUUGGCUUAGGAAGUCAAGGAAAUUGGGCUACCUACUGGAAACUAAAGUUUGAUUGUCUAUGGUUGCCAUUUCUCAACCUUUUGAUUUAUGACAGAGCACCAUAAAUAAGCAACAAUAGCAAAAAGAUUAAGAUGAUACUUUUAACACAUGAUCCAGCCAAAAAAAGCAUUUUAAAUCCCAUUAAUUUUAAUUAAUGAGACUUAAAUCUGCUAAAUUUGCAUAGAUUAUAGCAUAUUAUUUUAACCUAAUUUGUAUGUGUGUUUUUUUUAAUAGCCCAUAUCUAGGGGGAAAAAGUAUUGCUAUCAGGAUUUUUAAAGUACAAUACUGUUGGGGUUCUCUGGGUGAUGAGAUAUGAAAACAAGGGUUUGGGCCUCCGAAACCCAAAGUUCUAAAGUAUUUAUUAUAUUUUUUUUUGCAGACGUUUCUUUAAUCUUUUUGUAAUGACAGGUGAAGUAAUGGAUUAAACAUUUUAAUAUUGGAAAGGUAAAAAGUAAUAAGUUAUUUGUAAUAUAUUUCAGUUUAUUUAUUGGAUAUUCCGUUAAGCUUUUGUGUGCACUACCACUUUAAUUUAAACAUUAUAUUUGUCAAUUUACUGUUUGUUUGCUUUUUUCUAAUUUAUAAUGCCUAUUUGAACUGGAAUGUAAGUCACUCGCUUACUCAUAUUUUAACUGCAUUCCCAGCCAUGAUAUCAAUACAAUUUGAUUUGCAAAACCAGUAUGAGUUGGAAAGGCUCUGGAUGAAGGGAUGAAGAAUUGGAGAGCAUUGUAUGACAUAACAAAUUGAGUUUUCAUAAGAGUAUCUACCUUUCUGAUGUGUGGAGAACAUAAAAUGUAAAUAGAUUAAUGUUUCCCAUAAUGUAAAAAAGGAGCAAAUUAAUAAAAUACAUAAUGCACUGCUUGUAA